CAGCGGCGAACUAUAAAAGUGCUCGCUCCCUUCUCUCGGAUCUGUCUGGAUCAUCUCACUCCCUCCCUCCCUCUCUCUGUCUCUCUCUGUGCGUUCUUUAAGUCAAACCAUCGUGCCUGCUUUUCAAUCUUUAGUUUCUUUCUGAAGAAAAUAAUUUUGGUUUCUCUCCAAUUGGCAGACAAGAAGAAAAUUAUACACUAAUGGAUGUUUUGUUUGGAUCAAUUCAUGUUCGAGAGCUCCUUUCAACUCAGGAAUUUGAAGAAUCUUCUCCACUAUCAGCUCCAGAUCUCCGCCUCCUAAUUGAUCGACUUCAAAUCCGAUCACUCCAUAUAAAGGAUAAGGUUCAGGAUUACAUCCUUUCUCACCAUAAAGAUUUCUCUGAGAUAUUCUCACGUUGCUCUGAAGCUGUUUCACGGACUGAAAACAUCUCUGGAGAUGUCUCCAACAUUCUCCAGCUCAUCUCUGAUAACCCGAUCGAUAUUGAGAUUCAGAACACAGUGGCAGAGAUCAAUAGUACACGGAAAGAAUUGAAAGAGCGGAAGGAAUUAUUGGUUCUAGUUCAAACAAUAGUGAAUCUGAUUCGGAGAUUGAGGUUGGUGAGUGAGGACUUGGGGACUGGGCGGAUAAUAAAUGCGUCAGAAGCACUGAGGGAUUUGAAGAAAGCAUUAUUGAUUCAUGAUGAGGAGGUUAAGGGGAGAGAACCGCUGAUUUUUAGUUUGUUGAGGAAAGAGUGGAUGGAUUGCUUCGAUGAGGUUCAAACGGUACUUGUGAGGUUGAUGGAAGCUGCUAUACGCUUUGAGCCAGAGAGUGGUAUUCUGAGAGUUAAGUUUCAGUUGGCUAUGGAUGGGGUUGAUGCAGUUGAGUUCAAUAGCGUUUUGACAGCAAUGGAUAUAGUUGGCAUUCUUGAUUAUGGGCUUGCAAAGAUAGCUGACUCUAUCAUGAAGUAUGUCAUUACUCCAUUAGUGAGUAAUGGGCAUCCCGGCGUUUCAAUAGAAGAAUCAAGUCAAAACUAUGGGGGAAUGACUGAAGCAAUUCUCAACUUGGUUCUUUCCUCUGAUUCUAAGGUGGAAUGCAGGGAUUGUGCAACUAUAUAUUCAGAUAUUACUCGGGUAAUAAAGUUCAUUUACAAAUCCAUAUGCUUUGAGAAUGAUCGAUGGAUGGCAUGUUUUGGAAGAUUGACGUGGCCAAGGAUCUCAGAGCUGGUUAUUUCUAGCUUUCUUUCCCAGGCUGUUCCUGAUGAUGCUUCCAAGCUCACAGAAUUUCAAAAAAUCAUCAAGCUUUCAUCUGAUUUUGAGACUGUUCUAAAGGAGAUGAAGUUUAUUUCAUCAUCUGAUAGCAGGGAUGAAAGGUUGAGCAAUUUUGCACAAAAUGUUGAAGUUCACUUUGCAUCUAGGAAGAAGAAGGAAAUAUUAGCAAAGGCUAGAAAUGUUCUUCUAAAAUGUGACUUCACUCUUCCUCCAGAUUAUAUGACGAAAGGUUCUACGCGAAAGGCUCAGGGAGAAAAUUUUUCUAAGCAUGCAGUUGAUUUGCUUUUCUUGCCCAGGAGGUGUGUAGUGUCUAAAGCCGCGCUGUUACUUAUGGAACUAGUGCAUCAUACACUUCAGUGCAGGAUAUUUGUUUGUCAUCUCCAAGAGUGGCUAUGGAAUUUUAUCAUGCUGCGAGGGAUGCUCUUCUUCUCUAUGAAGCUGUUGUACCUGUCAAGGUCAGUGAAUUAUAGCAACUCUUAUAUCCGAUUAUGGUGAGGAGUUGGGAAUUUACUGGGAAUGCAGGUUGAAUUAGCAUCUGUCUAUGCAAUGCUGUAUAACGGAUUAGGGGUAAAAGUUUUGAGCAGCUACAUUAUGGUAUUCUACUUGUUCAGCUACUUCUAAUAUAGUGGAGAUGUAUGGUUGAUGAUUUAAUGUUACUCAAAAUUUGACUGGAAACAGCAUCUUUAGUGUCUUAAAAGGAAUUGCACCUUGAGGUGAGAACCCUCAAAACACCCUAAAGUGCGCCAGAAGUAGGUUUUUUUUCCUGUGAGGUAUACACAGCCGCUCUGGAUGUGAGAGAAUGGAGCAUACAGCUCAAAUCCAUGCCUUUUUCAUGUGUCAGGUGGGGAAUUUGCGUAACUAGCGUGCAUAUGACUACA